CUUGGGAGUGUAAACGAAUGAAUUCGAGCUGAGAAAAUUCAGAAGCCAGGAUCAAAAAUAAUAAAUUAGAAGGGUAGAGAGUGGAAACGACUCCAUGUGUUAAGUGUUGCUUAAUGAACACAUUAAUCAUGGGCGCCUCUUCUUGUUCCUCUUGCUCAAUCUCUACUUCUGUAGUGUACUACUCGCUACUCUUUCAUUAAUUUCCCCGCACGAAAGCCAAGACCACACUGAUCAUGCUCGCCUUGACCUCUGCCACUCCACUUCGCCCCCAACGCUACCUCCCCAGCCGGCAAAAGCCGCCCAACCUUCUGAUCUCGAUCCCUUCCGCCGCCACCCCCUGCCGGAUCACCGCGGUUUCAGUCUCCCCGGCCGCUGCUACGUCACCCGCGGACCUGGAUUCGGCCACCGCGGCCUUCCGCGACUACCAGCUCCUCUUCGCCUCCCAGCGCUCCGAGGCGGCCGAGCCGGUCUUCCUCCGUCCGGUCAGUGGCUCCGUCCCGCCCGAUUUCCCCUGCGGCACGUACUACCUGACCGGCCCGGGCCUGUUCUCCGACGACCACGGCUCGACCGUGAACCCUCUGGACGGCCAUGGCUACCUCCGGGCCUUCGAGUUCGGCGAGGGCGGGCGGUGCAGGUACUCAGCCCGCUACGUGGCGACGGAGGCGCAGCGGGAGGAGCGGGAGGAGGCGACGGGGCGGUGGCGGUUCACGCACCGCGGGCCCUUCUCGGUGCUCCGGGGAGGCCGGCGGCUGGGGAACCUGAAGGUGAUGAAGAACGUGGCCAACACCAGCGUGCUGCGGUGGGGCCGCAGGCUGAUGUGCCUGUGGGAGGGUGGCGAUCCCUACGAGAUCGACCCUGCCACGCUGGACACCGUGGGGCCGGCGGAUCUUCUUGGGUCUUACCGAGUUGAGCCAGGGCGGAGGCAGGACGGAGGAGGAGGCGGAUUGGGCAGCGUGGCGGUGGAGAUUGCAGCACGUUUGCUGAAGCCUGUACUGAGAGGAAUAUUCAAGAUGCCUGACAAGAGGUUGCUGGCCCACUAUAAGAUCGAUCCAAAGCGGAACAGACUGGUGAUGCUCACCUGCAACACCGAAGACAUGCUGCUCCCUCGUUCCAACUUCACUUUCUAUGAAUUGGACGAGAACUAUGAGGUAAAGGAGAAGAGGGAGUUCACCAUCCCUGAUCACUUGAUGAUCCAUGAUUGGGCCUUGACCGAUACCCACUACGUUCUUUUCGGAAACCACAUCAAACUCGAUAUCCACGGGUCUUUACUUGCAGUGUCAGGUCUGCACCCAAUGAUAGCAGCACUGGCUGUGGAUCCAACCCAUCCUUCCACUCCUAUCUACGUCCUUCCUCGUUUCUCCCAGCACACCCACCAACUAAGGAAUUGGCUUGUGCCCAUCGAAGCUCCAUGGCAGAGAUGGUCACUUCACGUCGGCAAUGCAUUCGAAGAAAUGGAUGCAGCAGGAAACUUGAAAAUAUCUCUGCAAAUCUCUGUUUGCUCCUACAAGUGGUUCAACUUCCAAAAAAUGUUUGGAUACAAUUGGCACACUGGAAAACUCGACCCUACCUUCAUGAACAUAAUCAACGAAAAGGAAGAUAUGAUGCCUCACUUGGUUCAGGUAUCCUUUGAGUUGGAUGCAAAAGGGACUUGUUGUAGUUGCUCCAUUAACGAUCUCUCAAGCCGAUGGAAGAAACCUGCGGAUUUCCCUACCAUCCAUCCCUCCUUCAGUGGGCAACCAAACACUUACAUUUAUGCUGCUUCAACCUCUGGCAGGCGAAGUUUCUUGCCUUGUUUCCCCUUUGACAGUGUAGUUAAGGUCAACAUGUAUGACGGGUCGGCCAAGUCAUGGUCGGCAGUGAACCGAUCUUUUAUUGGCGAGCCUAUAUUUGUUCCUAAAGGCAUGGAGGAAGAUGAUGGUUAUGUUCUUGUUGUCGAGUAUGCCGUCGAGAAGAAAAUGUGCUACUUGGUGAUAUUGGAUGCUAGAAUAAUAGGAGAAGAUGAAGCAGUGAUAGCAAAGCUUGAAGUGCCCAAACAAUUCACUUUUCCUAUUGGCUUCCAUGGAUUUUGGGCUUGCAUAUGACAGUGAGACAAUGUUCUUAUACUUUUCUGCAGCAUCCGAUCAAAGGAUGAAGAAAUGGUGCAGAUUAUUCAAAUCAAUUUGUAACUGAAACAUCAUCGUUUUUAACUAUGAGAAAUGAAAAUUCAACCAAACAACUCUUUCUCGUGC